UACUGAAGAACUAAGUGUUUUGGAAAACCGCCUUGGCUUUUCUUUACCUAGGCAGAAAGGGCAGCAGGGGAAUAUCUUAGCUCAGAGGCUGUCUAAAUAGAAUACAGAAUGUAUUAAUGCUUGUUAUAAAGAAGUUGGUGUCCAAAUACCAAAAAGGCAAAAGGUCUCAAGACCACUGGGCUCACUACCAAACAGUCAGCCAGACCACAGCAGUUUCUAAAAUUCUCAAUUGGAGCUCUGUGCAUACCUCCACUCAAUAUAAUUGUAUAGAUUCAAGGCCUAGCUCAGAUGCCCACUUUGGGAAAAUGCUUCUUCAGUCCCUCUUCCAUUUUCCAUUCUUCUGUCAUCUUCAGAGUGAAAGUGUGUGUCAUACCAGAUGUUAACUUCAUCUGUGGGAGUAAUUUUAUGAAGGAGAAAACUACAUUCACUCACUUAACAAUAGCUGGAGUUUGAUGAAAAUCUUAAUGUCACAGAUUCACACAGUGCCUGCUUUCACCCUGUCACAGUUCCCAGAUCAUCGGAUCCAAGUUCUGCACCAGAAGCAUAUGAUGCAUGAACAUAAACUUUCAGAAAAACAAGAUGAAGUGUUAAGCACACCCAUGAAUAUGACAGACGUAAAAGUUUCAGGGCCAUCUGUAAAAACACAGUUAUUACCAAGUGGAGUGCACAUUGAUGUGCAAGAGAAGCUAUCUUCUAACAGUGUGACAACAGAAGCAGCUCAGGUUUCUAACAGUUCUUCAAUGCUGAUUAUUAACAAGCUGCAGAAGAUUUUCCCAAAUAUACUUUUGGACACUCAGACAAAAUAUAAGAAAGUGGAUAAUGAAGAAAAAGAAGAGGGUAAAAAGAAAAGGAUGUUGUUUCCUGAUUUGGAGCAAGAUAAAAAUACUGGUAAUAACAAAGACAGAUUAACAAGAACUAAUAUUACUAUAAGAUUCCAUUCCAAUGAUAAUUCAAGCCAAACUCAGAUUGAUAUUUACAAUUUAAAAAAUUCAAGAGCGAAUCCUGAGGUGCAUAUUGUCGCCAGCAAUAUUAUUGACCAACAAAAUAAAAUAAAUUCAGUAGUAGUACAAGAUGAUGUUUUGCAAGUGACAGUAAACAGUUCGCUGGAUAAGAAAAUACAGAAUAAUACAAAAGUAAGAGGAAAAAGUCUUGCAAAAAUUGAGGCUGGAAAUAUGGAAAGAAACUCCACAGGUAGCAACAGGAAAAAACUUCUUAUAGCAGAUUUGACAACCAAUAGUAUGAAAAAAACAAGUAGUCAUUCAGCAUUUUCUGAAGAAACUUAUCCAACAGAGAACAAACCAACAGAUCUGCCUGAGUCUGCUACUUAUCCAUUUCGCCAGUUGAACCGUAUUUUACAGACACUGGAAGAUCACAUGGGUGUUCAAACAUAUAAUUUCCCAGGUGUAAAAGGAAACCAUUCUCAAGUGUCAGUGAGAAUGCUGAAGAAUGUAUUACAGGACUUACAGAAAGAAUAUAAAACACAGGUGCCUUUAACAGUUAGUGAGAGUAUGAACUCUUCAGUCAUGGAAAACAUUCUUCAAAAUUUAAAAAAACAUAAAGAGAAGUCAGAAUCCAGUGAAAAGGAAAACAAGACACAGACACCGUUUGAGGGACAAAGUCGCAGUCUACAAGUCUCAGAUGAAAAUAUAGACCAAUUUAAAGCAACACUUGUGCCAGAGCCUGCAAGUGUCACAACAAAGGCAAACAUGAAGGAUGCCAAACGAUUUGAAUUUUUUAAAGAGCAUGAAGGUAUUCAUGACAAGAAAAAAGCAAAAGCUGCAGAUCUUAAAGGCCUUCUAAAGCACAUUAUCAUAGCCUGUGUAGCGGUCACUGGUUUGAUAUUGGCUGUAAUAGUGUUGAUGCACAUAUUUACUUCGAUAUUUGCGAAGAACAAACAGGAACCAGUAAUAACUAAUACUUACAACAUUUACAAAAGAGAAAACCCAACAAAAGAUGAAGCCAAAUCAAUCACAGAAAUAGAUUGCAAAGAACUGAAAAAAGACAUUGCUGUAGUGAAAAAUCAGUCUGAACAUAGUAACCUGAAUCAACUACCACUGCAUUUAUCAACAGACAAAUCUAAAGAAAAUGGUCAAGACUUAGAACCUUCAGAAAAACAACCAGGCCAUAAUACUUCCUCCAUUAACUCUCCAUCAAAAAGGAUUGAUGAAAGAAAUAUAAUUCUGUCAACAUCAACUGAACCUCUAAAAUGUAACCACUCUUCACAAAUGCCCCCUGACAAUUGUUCGUCUUCAGAAAUGGAAACAUGCAAGAGCCACAGAACUAGACCUAGAACUUUAAAAACAAAUCAAUCUUGUUGUCACAAACCAAGACAACAUUGUACAGAACCAAAAGAACAUGGUUAUAAAAGACUACGGGAUAAAGAUAUCGCUCUUCAUAGAAAGCAUUUAAACCAUCAAAGAUCAUCUAGGCAUGACAGACAUAGAUCAAAGUCUACAAAAUGUAAUACAACUCAUUCAAAUUGUUCACUUCUAGAUGGAUGUUGUCAUGACUCAAGUCCUAGUGAUGAUUCUUCAUCAGAUGUAUUCAUUUCUUCAGAUACAACUGCAAAAACACAUCUAUCAGAAAUAUCCCAACAUGAUGGUUCAAAGUGUACAUGCUCUCAGCACAGAAUGGGUUCUUGUAGCUCUGAUUCAUAUUCUGAUUAGAACAUUAGUAGCAUUCAAAGGAGUAAACAUUAUCAAUCUACAUGAUCAGUGAUAUCCAGCAGCAUGUAGUACCAAUCAUUUUACCACGUGUGAUCAUGAUAGUCCUGUGAGUCCUGGAGGUUGUUUUCUUUUGUAA